CCAAGAAUAAUUUUCAGUUUGUCAACUCCAAAUACUUGAUCAAAAUUAGUCCUUUUGCCAAGACGAGAAAAUGGCUUUCGUUGGAGAGGCUUUGCUCUCCGGUUCCAUCCAGUUGCUGUGCGACAAGAUUGCCUCCGGAGAGUUCAUAGACUUCUUCCGGGCAGGAAGACUCGACUAUUCACUCCUGGACACACUGAAGAUGAAGUUGGUGAAUCUCCGUGCAGUGCUCAACGACGCUGAGGAGAAGCAGAUUGUCGACCCUGACGUCGGGAAGUGGCUUGAUGAGCUCAAACAUGCUGUGUUCGAGGCCGAGGACUUGGUGGAUGAGAUCGAUACUGAAGUUUCGCGUCGCAAGGCGAAAGAUCAGACUAAGAAAACCCAGGUGUGGAACUUCCUUUCUACCUGUCGUAAACCUUUUAAUUAUAAAGGCAUGAAUGGUAGGAUAGAAGUUUUAUUCAAGAAGUUGGAACACCUUGCAAAUCAAAAAGAUAUCCUCCGUCUUAGAGAAGAUGUUGUUGGAGGCAAUGUUUCACAAAGAACUCCCACAACUUCUGUUGUUGAGGGCGGAUUUUAUACCUAUGGUAGGGAUGGAGAUAAAGACAAGUUAAAAGAUCUACUGCUGUUAUCUGACAAUGAAAGUAGCAGUAAUUUUUCUGUAGUCCCUAUAGUCGGUAUGGGCGGGGUUGGUAAGACAACUCUUGCUCAACUCCUUUUCAACGAUGAACGAGUUAAAAAGCACUUUGACAUUCAUGCUUGGGUUUGUGUUUCCGAACAGUAUGAGGCUUUGAGGGUUAUUAAGGCCCUUAUUCAGGAAAUCACUAAAAAGCCUUGUGAAAAUUUGGAGAUGAAUUCCCUUGAAGUUCAACUAAGGGAACAACUGAGUGGAAAGAGAUUUUUACUUGUCUUGGAUGACCUUUGGAAUGAAAACUAUGAUGACUGGGAGCGUCUACGAAUUCUUUUCACGUAUGGGGCAAGGGGAAGUAAGGUCAUUGUAACAACAAGGAGCAGGCGUGUUGCAGCCAUCGUGCACAAUACUAUUCCUAUUCACGAUUUAAAAGAAUUGUUGGAUGAAGACUGCUGGUCGUUACUGGAAAAACAUGCAUUUAGAAAUGAAAACCCCGGUGCACAUCCAGACUUGGUUGAAAUUGGUAAGCAAAUUGCACGUAAGUGCAACGGUUUACCUCUAGCCGCAAAAACGCUAGGGGGUCUCUUAAGUUGCAACCUAGACUACAAGGAGUGGAAUCACAUAUUGGAUAGUAAUCUUUGGGAUCUGCCACACCCUAAUAGUCUUCUUCCUUCUCUAAGAUUGAGUUACCACUAUCUUCCGGCUUACUUGAAACGAUGCUUUGCUUAUUGCUCAAUCUUUCCAAAGGACUAUGAGUUUGAAAAGAAAAAUGUUAUUCUACUAUGGGUGGCAGAAGGUUUAAUUCCACAAUUAGAGAGCAAGAAAGCAAUGGAGGAGGUUGGUGAAAGGUACUUUAAUGAACUGUUAUCGCGUUCACUAUUUCAAAGACCAAGAUUGGAUAAACCAAGUUUCACUAUGCAUGAUCUUAUUAAUGACUUGGCUAUGUUUGUGUCUGGAGAGUUUUGUUUGAGGUUGGAUCAAAAAAAUUCGCACGAAGUUUCUAAAAAAGUUCGCCACUUGUCAUAUAUGAGAGGAAAAUUUGAUACAUCUCCAAUAUUUGAGCCAUUAAAAGGAGUUAAGUGUUUGCGUACCUUCUUUCCAGUGUCUUUACCACCACAUUAUAGUUGGAAUGGUGGAUAUGUAAGCAAUAAGAUUCUAGAUGAUUUAUUGCCAGCACAAAAAUGUUUACGGGCAAUUUCAUUAUCAAGAUAUAUGAAUAUCACUCACUUACCUGAUUCCAUUGGUAACCACAUGCACUUGCGCUACAUUGAUCUCUCUUAUACGGCAAUUAAAAGGUUAUCAGAUAGAGUGUGUACUCUCUACAAUUUACAAACUCUAUUGUUGUUAGGUUGUUCUUCUCUUGUUGAAUUGCCUGCAGACAUGAGGAAAUUGAUUCAUUUGCGUCAUCUUGAUAUUGGUGGAACUAAAAUAAAAGAGAUGCCGGUGCAUAUGGGUAGACUAAAAAGUUUGAGAACACUGACAGCUUUUGUGCUGGGGAAAUCUACUGGGUCCAAUAUUGGAGAACUGAGGGAGUUGUCGCACCUUGGAGGAAAAAUUUCCAUCUUGAAUCUGCAAAAUGUAGUCGGUGCUAUUGAUGCGUUGUUGAAGGAUAAGAAAGAUCUCAAAGAGGUAGAGUUGGCAUGGGGUCCUGAAGUUUCCGAUGAUUUUGUAAAAGAGAGACAUGUACUCGAAAGACUACAGCCUUCGGUAAAUUUGGUGAAACUAACCGUCAGGUGUUAUGGCGGAAUCAGUUUCCCGAAUUGGGUGGGAGACUCGUCCUUCUCCAACUUACAAGUGAUGCGUCUCAAUGACUGUAGUAAUUGCAGUUCAUUGCCACUAGUUGGUCAGCUACCUGCUCUGAAAGAGCUCUACGUAGAAAGGAUGAAAGUUGUUAAGAGUGUUGGUGUUGAGUUGUACGGGGGAAAUCAACCAUUUCAAUGUUUAGAGAAGCUAGAGUUUCGGGAGAUGCCAGAGUGGGAAGAAUGGCAGCCAAGUCCAAGUGGAGGUGAAAGUCCAGGCUUUCCUCGUCUUAAGGAGCUGAGGUUACGCCAAUGUCCGAAGCUGAGAGGAAGCUUGCCCACUCAUCUUCCUUCCUUGAAAAUCCUUUGGGUCGAUGGAUGUAAGGUUCUACAUGAAAACAGGGCCAGUAAUACUCUGAACACGGAAUCCUUACGACGAUCUCUUGAACAACUGACAAUAAAGGGAUGUCCGGGUCUCUCAUUGUUACUCGAGUCGACGGAGACGCUGCCGUCGCUUCAGAGUCUUGAUAUUUACGAUGAUGGUGGGAGAGAGUGGUUGCCGCAAAUGGUGCACAACAGCAAUCAUCUUCAAAGUUUGACAUUAUAUGAAUGUUGCUCACUCUUGUCGUUCCCUACAAAUGGUCUGCCCACCACGCUGACGUCACUCCGUAUAGUAAAUUGCAAGAAAUUAGAAUUUCUAUCAGGUGAGAUGAGGUCGUUCCCUUUGGGCAUUUUCCCCAACCUUUCAUCUCUUCGUAUAAUGCGUUGUCAGAAUCUGGAAUCUCUUUCAGUUGAAGGAGGAGCAGAUGAAAAUCUCCGCCAUCUCAACUACCUGGAUAUCCAGAUAUGUCGAAAUCUUGUCUCUUUUCCCGACGGGGGAUUGCCCACUGCCAACCUCACUUUCUUUCAUGUCUACAACUGCGAGAAUUUGAAGUUGUUGCCGGACCGAAUGCACACCCUCACCGCCCUUCAAAGGUUAUUGAUAGGCAGUCUUCCAAAUCUUGUCUCUUUUCCUGACGGAGGAUUGCCCACUCCCAACCUGACUUACUUUUCAGUAGACCAUUGCGUGAAUUUGAAGUUGUUGCCGGACCGAAUGCACACCCUCACCGCCCUUCAACAUUUGUCGAUAGAGUGUCUUCCAAAUGUGGUGUCAUUUGCACAAGGGGGUUUGCCUCCCAAUCUACAAACAUUAUCUAUCGUUAACUGGGAUCUGGUGGAGACGUUGCUCAAUGAACAGCUGCUCCCUGCCACUCUUCACACUCUCGAAAUCUCUGAUGUAUCGAAUCUGAAAUCUUUGGACGGAAAGGGACUUGAGCACCUCACUUCUCUUCAACAGUUACAAAUUUCAGGCUGCGAGAGUCUCAAAUUCCUGCCAAAAGAGGGUUUGCCGGCAUCUCUUUCUUAUCUGAAGAUCCGGGGUUGUCCUUCUCUGAAGAGGAGGUAUGGGAACAAGAAGGGAAAAGAUUGGAGAAACAUAGCUCGCAUUCCUUGCAUAAACGUAGAUGAUGAAAUCACCAUCAUAUGAGCUUUCAUUUCACUCUCUCCAACUCUCAACUCUCAACUCUCAAGACAAAAGCCAGGAGAGUGCAAGGGGAGUGAAUUUUUUGUAGUCUGAUACUGUGGAACUACUUGGGGUCAAUAUAUAUGAUUCUCCUGCAAGAGAAGAGCGAGCAAGCAAAACUGUAAAGAUGGGAUUAUCAAAUGGUGCUCUGAUUUUCUGGACCGUCAAUUUUUAAAUAUUUUGGAUGGAAAUGGACUUUCAACACCUCCCACUCUCGCAAUUCCUUCCAGUACAGGGACCUCUAGACCUCAGCUCUAUUGAACAGCUAUAGAUUGAAUGUAUAUGGGACUUCAUCGGUCCAGAGAGAAAACUAUUGAACUGUGAAGAUAGGAUUAUCAGAGGGAAAACGAUGUUAGCUUACAUCAACCACUCAGCUGCAUACACAUAUUUUUGUCCACAAACACCAUGGAUGAAGAGAGCAGGGCUUAUUGGCACCGCUUGCUAGAAUGCCAGUGUAAAUAGACUUGGUGGCUGGCUGCUGCGCCUACAGAUUUCAGUGUAAGUAGUUGAACACUUGAGUGUAAUUUGUUCUUCCUUUAUGGAUCAAUGUAAUUCAACUAUGCAAUCAGUCAGGACAACACGAUGGGACUAGCGUAUUUGUUGGCUUGUUUUCUAUAUAUUAGCAUUCUUCUCACCAUUGUGGAUUUCAUGAGCAAUCAAGAGAAUAUUCAAAGUUGCAUCUGGACUUUCAAACUCCAUUAACAGAGGAUUAUCAUCAUGCUCCAGCCUACACAAGUGAAAGCACUCAAUAUAUGCAAGUAGAUCCUAAGAUAUGCUGCGUGUUUCUGUUGAACAAGUGGAAUGAAAGAAGUCAUGCUGGACACAAUAUUGUUAUGCUUCGGCUCCUGCUCUGAUAAACUUGAACCACCUUUUCUCAAACUGGUUUUCCCAGAUAAUUUUAGUUUACUGAACCUUUUAUGAAGUGAUCUAGUGGUCCCCUUAAUAUCGUUUGUUCCUUGUGACAUGCUCAGGUUCUCCUUAUUGUUAUAUCUUCUCUUGCUUCUGUUUUGGAUUCCAAGCCUCUGUUUGAAGCUCUUAUGAGUGCCUGUUAAGCUGAAUUCAGUGUUCACGGAAUCUAGACUAAGUCUAUCUGCAUAUGGUUCAGCUUUAGAAACUGAUGCAGGAGGGUUUGGAAUCUCAGUAAUGUCAACAAGUGCGAGCAAGCAAACCUGUAAAGAUGGGAUUAUCAAAUGGUGCUCCGAUUUCUGGACCGUCAAUUUUGAAAUAUUUUGGAUGGAAAUGGACUUUCAACACCUCCCACUCUCGCAAUUCCUUCCAGGACAGGGACCUCUAGACCUCAGCUCUCUUGAACAGCUAUAUAAAGAUUGAAUGUAUGUGGGACUUCGUCGGUCCAGAGAGAAAACUAUUCAACUGUGAAGAUAGGAUUAUCAGAGGGAAAACGAUGUUAGCUUACAUCAACCACUCAGCUGCAUACACAUAUUUUUGUCUACAAACACCAUGGAUGAAGAGAGCAGGGCUUAUUGGCACCGCUUGCUAGAAUGCCAGCGUAAAUAGACUUGGUGGCUAGCUGCUGCGCCUACAGAUUUCAGUCAUUCUUCUCACCAUUGUGGAUUUCAUGAGCAAUCAAGAGAAUAUUCAAAGUUGCAUCUGGACUUGGAGGUAAUCAUUUGAUUCGUUAACUGCUCUAGAGGAAAAUGCCGUGGAGAAAUAGAUGAUGAUAAGCCUUAACCCAAGUUUGAUGGUGAAAGUUGGAGCAGCGGGCUCUCAAAUUUAGAAACCUUCUUGCCACACACUUUGUUGCUGCCUGUGCAGCCAAGUGCGCACACGGGGGUUCAUUUUUCUCUACCACGUACAUUUUAGGCCAUGACACUACGUCGUUGGCUGCCGAUGGCGGUUGAUUUGGAGGCUGCUGCUAUGGAAGUGGAUAUAAUUCCACUCUAUCUUUGGCAGGACUGUAGCAAAGGGAGAAGCAUUAUUCUGCGUUGAAGUUGUUGUUGGCAGGACUGUGCAGCCAAAUGCGAGGGGAGUGAAAUUACAGGAGAGGUCGAUAUAUAUGAUUCUCCUGCAUGACAAGAGCGAGCAAGCGAACCUGUAAAGCUAGGAUUAUCAAAUGGGGCUCUGAUUUUCUGGACUGUAAAGUAUGAAAUAUUUCGGGUGGAAAUGGACUUUCAACGCCUCCCACGCACGCAAUUCCUUCCAGGACAGGGACCUCUAGACCUUAGCUCUCUUGAAUAGCUAUAUAAAGAUUGAAUGUAUGUGGGACUUCGUCGGUCCAGAGAGAAAACUAUUGAACUGUAAAGAUAGGAUUAUCACGGGGGGAAACGAUGUUAGCUUACUUCAACCACUCAGGUGCAUACACAUAUGUUUCUCUACAAACACAAUGGUUGGAGAGAGCUUGGCUUAUUGGCACCGCUUGCUAGAAUGCCCAUGUGACUAGACUUGGUGGCUGGCUGCUGCGCCUACGGAUUUAAGUAUGGCAACUCUGGGUGCAGAUAUGCUUUUAUACAUACAGUGGUUGAACAGCGCUCUUGUUCCUUGUAGCAGUGUUGUCAUGCUUGUGUUUGUUGCUAUUCCAGUAAAUGAUAUUACUUGAAUAAGUGGUUGGCUGGUGUGCAACGGAUUUCACAAGAAUGGUAAUUCUUACGUUGAGCACUGCGGAUGAGCGGAGUAUCUUGUUAAGCUGAGGUAUGAAAAAGGAAAGCAGUUGAGUUGGCAUCCUAUUGAAAUGGAUUUGAGAGAAAACUUGCUUUCACAGUUCGAUUUAUAAUGAAAUGGUACAAAGCAUGUGAAGUGAUCCAAAGGAACUGAGAGGUUAUAGCAUUCUUCUCACCAUUGUGGAUUUCAUGAGCAAUCAAGAGAAUAUUCAAAGUUGCAUCUGGACUCGGAGGUUUGAACAUUGCAGAAUUGCUCACUAUAUAUCCAGGCAAUCGUUUGAUUCGUUAACCGCUCAAGAGGAAGAUGCCAUGGAGAAAUGGACGAUAAUACGCCUUAACCCAAGUUUGAUGGUGAAAGUUGGCCCAGCGGGCUCGCAAAUUUGGAAGCCUUCUUGCUACACACAUUGUUGCUGCCUGUACAGCCAAGUGCAUGCGGGGGUUCAUUUUUCUCUACCACGUACGUUUUAGGCCAGAACACUACGUUGUUGGCUGCCGAUGGCGGCUGAUUCGGGGGCUGCUGCUGUGGAAGUGGAGAGUAAUUCCACUCUAUCUUUGGCAGGACUGUUGCAAAAGGAGAAGGAUUAUUCUGCGUUUGCUCCAAUAUUAUGUGAGAUGAGAGGCCCAAAAAUGUUGCACAUAGACUUGCAUGAUAUUAAGAGUUGCUAUAGUUUGAAGACUCACCUGGACAUUUUUUGGAUGUUUUAAUUAAUACAAGCUAGAUAGUCAUAACUUGUAAUUUGUUGGUGUGUUGUACUCUUUUUUCUUCAACUGGGUUGAAAUCUCCGACAAGAUUUUGAUGAGGAGCCAAUUAAUUUCGGAGCGAAGGAAACAAGGAUCUGCUGGAGAUUUUGCUCAAUGAACACCUGCUCCCUGCCACUCUUCACACUCUCUGGAUCUCUUAUGUAUGGAAUCUGAAAUCUUUGGACAGAAAGGGACUUGAGCACCUCACUUCUCUUCAACAGCCAGAAAUGUAGGGUGUAAGAGUCUCGAAUUGCUGCCAAAAGAGGGUUUUCCGGCAUCUCUUAUCUGAGCAUUGAGAAUUUUCCUUCUCUGAAGAAGAGGUAUGAGACCAAGAAGGGAAAAGAUUGGAGAAACAUAGCUCGCAUUCCUUGCAUAAAGAUCGAUGGAGAAGUCAUCAUCAUAUGAGCCUUCAUUUCACUCUCUCCAAAUCUCAACUCUCAACUCUCAAGACAAAAGCCAGGUAGGUCCACUGGAGAUAUGUUUCUCGCUACUUACACAACAGUUGAAGAGUGCCUCAUGGCUGUACUUGCUUGAAUGCCAGUACGUACGUUGCAUUACUAGAUUGCAUAUAUAUUAAGGAGGAUUUCACCGGUGGAACAUUGCAGAUCAGCUGUAAAUUUUCAAUUCAACUAUAUCCUAAGUCAGGACAAUUUGAUGGUACUAGCAGGUAUAUCGGUUUCAUUGAUGCAGCGAACAAACAGAGUAAAGCUGUAAAGAUAGGAUUAUCAAAUGGUGCUCUGGUUUUCUGGACUGUCAAGUUUGAAGUCUUUGGACAGAAAUGGACUUUGAACAGGGACCUGCAGACCUCAGCUCUUGUCAACAUCUAUAUAAAGAUUGAAUGACGGUAUCAUCAAAUAUAAUAACAACCGGUUUUAGCUUGCAUAUUACUAGUAGUUGAUUGGUGCGGCGGCAAUCUCUCGCAUAUAUGAUUACCCCUGCAUGGGAUGCAAGUAACUCCUUGAUGAUGUAUUUUUUUUCUCUCAUAUGUACUGCUGUGGUUCCAUAUGGCGGAAUGCUUACUCAUCUUUCAAUGCCUCUGUCAUCUUGAGGUAGGUGUAUAUACUCAUAUGUUUCUCUACAAACACAAUGGUUGAAGAGAGCAUGGCUUUUUGGCACCACUUUCUAGAAUGCCAGUGGCUUCGCCAUGGUAGUCCACCAUUUUGAGGGUUGGAAAGACUCAAAAGCAUUUUAGCCUUCCUUGGUCACCAUCAUGUGAUUCACCAACGCCAGAAAUCAAACUCGGGACGUGUUGUGUAGAAUACGAGUCUAAAACUCGUUCCCAACCAUUGGACCAUCCCGUUGUAGUUAAAUUUGUAUAUAUUUGUGGUGAGCUGCUUUUGUAACCCACGUAGAAAAUGUGCUAUAUUUGCUGAGUAGCUCAGGUAAUUGCCUAUCUGCCAAUGGAACUUGUUACUCUUCUUAA